AUGAAGUCUAAGGCCAACCGUGCCCCAAAUCCAAACUGUAGUAUAAUGAUAUUUCAUCCAACCAAAGAAGAAUUUGAUGAUUUUGAUAAAUAUAUUGCUUACAUGGAAUCCCAAGGUGCACACCGAGCUGGCCUAGCGAAGGUAAUUCCACCCAAGGACUGGAAAGCCAGGCAGACCUACGAAGACAUCAGCGACAUCUCCAUCCCCACUCCGCUCCAGCAGGUGGCCUCGGGUCGGGCAGGGGUGUUCACCCAGUACCAUAAGAAGAAGAAGGCCAUGACCCUGGGGGAGUACCGCCGCCUGGCAAACAGUGACAAAUACCGGACGCCACCGCACCUGAACUUCGAGGAUUUGGAGAGAAAAUACUGGAAGAAUCGCCUCUACGACUCACCAAUUUAUGGUGCUGAUGUUAGUGGCUCAUUGUUUGAUGAAAACACUAAACAGUGGAACCUGGGACACCUGGGGACGAUUCAGGACCUGCUGGAGCAGGAGUGUGGGGUCGUCAUCGAAGGGGUCAACACGCCCUACCUGUACUUCGGCAUGUGGAAGACCACCUUCCCUUGGCACACGGAGGACAUGGACCUUUACAGCAUCAACUACCUGCACUUCGGGGAGCCCAAGUCUUGGUACGCGGUGCCCCCGGAGCACGGCCAGCGCCUGGAACGCCUGGCGCACGCGCUGUUCCCGGGCAGUUCCCGGGGCUGCGAGGCCUUCCUGCGGCACAAGGUGGCCCUCAUCUCGCCCACCGUCCUCAGGGAGAACGGUAUCCCCUUCAGCCGCAUGACCCAGGAGGCUGGAGAGUUCAUGGUGACCUUUCCCUACGGCUACCAUGCUGGCUUCAACCACGGCUUCAACUGCGCCGAGGCCAUCAACUUCGCGACCCCGCGCUGGAUCGAUUAUGGGAAAGUGGCCUCGCAGUGCAGCUGCGGGGAGGCCAGGGUGACCUUCUCCAUGGACGCCUUUGUGCGCAUCCUGCAACCCGAGCGCUAUGACCUGUGGAAACGUGGGCGGGACCGGCCAGUUUUGGACCACAGGGAGACGGCCAGCCAGGAGCUGAUCACCUGCAGUGGGGUCCAAACAUCCAGGAAAGCCUCUCUAGGCCUGAGGCGCCACCCACGCCGGGCCCCGCGUCCCCCUCGACCUACAGCUUCCCGGGGUCAUGUGCCCAGCGGGGCCCCAGUGCAUACUUCUCCCCCGCGCCCAUCUGUGGCCAGUACUACUGCUGCCCAGCCAGGGGCCACCACCACCCACGGUACCCAACAACCCAGCCCAACCCCACCGGCCACCCUGGUGCCAUCGGCACAAGUUCUGCAAUCAUCAAAGGGCAGACAUGGUCGCGGUCGUCGCCCUCGGGAACUGGAGGGGGCUCAGGUGCCGACCCUCCAGGCACCUGCCAAAAGGCGCUUCGUGGUGGGUACAGCGUGCGGCUCUGAGUCUAAGGCUCAGCAGCCCCGGCCUGAGGAUGGCACUUUAAUUGACAAGCCUGCACCACUGAGCCCAGGACUCCAGAAUCCUCCCGAAGGUCCGGGGUGCUGCUGGGCCCCUCUGACCUGAGCCCAGGGACUGCCUUCAUUAUUCAUGGCUCUGCCGCUCUGCUGCCCGGUAGGAGGCUUGCUGAGACUGGGCACGUUUACAUCUCAGAGCUCCGGACGAGUUAGCAGGACGCUGGUCGUGAAUGGGAGUCCGUGUGGCGACUCCACUGGAUGCUGCUGAAUUCAUAGUGUUUGUCAAGUUAGCCGUGCUUUGUUCUUCCUCCAAGACCCCACAGUCUUUGGACUCUGCUAACUUCUGGGUCAGUAGCUGAGGUUUCCUCCACUGGACACAAAUGUGUCUCUGGGAACGAGGUCUUGUUGAGGUUGCCAGAACCUGACCCACCGCAGGCUGUCAUCCCCUGGGCCAACUGUAGUGCAGCUAAAUUUAUGAAAGAUGGGGGAUUCAUCCCUCUUCAGUUGCUCACCCUUUGUCCCUCCUUCUCCCCUCUUUCUUACAAAACUAAGUCUUUUUGAUAGUUUAGGUCCACACAACCCCAAAAUAAACUAUACGCCUUUUUUUCUGUUAUUUAUGUAUUUAACAUGUUGUCACUGCUAUUUGUUUAUGAAUAUAUUAAAAGUAACCAAAAUGUAAAGUAUAACUUUAUUUUCAAUAUUGUAGUUUCAAACAUGAGGGGGAU